UAUCGAUCCUACGCCGCGUGUUCCGGCAGUUUGAGGUCGUCUUCUACCUGACCGACCGCAUCCCGUGCACGCGUGCCCUCUCGUCCUCCUCUCCAUCCGAAUCCACCUCUUCCUUGCCCGAGCAGGAGACAGCAGGCCGCCGCCAUGUUCGGCCGCAGGAAAAAGGAGGACCACACCUCCGACCCCUCAGACGGCGAGAAACCCGAACGAACCACCAUCUCCUCCUCCUCCUCCUCCCCCCUCCCCGACGAGCUCUCCAACCAACCCUCCAAAGCGCAAAUCAAACGCGCAACCCGAACCCGCUUCAUCUGGGCCUUGAUAUCCUCCUUCCUCCUCCUCGUCUCCGUGGCCUUCGUAAUCCUAGUCGAGAUCGGCAACUACAAAGUCAACGACAUCCUAAACGACAUCUACUUCAUCAAAAUCGACGUGUCGGACAUCAUCCCCGUACAAGUCCCGGACGCCGUCUUGAUCAACAGUAUCGCGCAAACCCUCGGACUCCACGAUUUCUACCAGGUGGGACUGUGGGGUUUUUGUCAGGGAUAUAAUGGACAAGGCGUUACGAGUUGUUCGGAGCCGGAGACGUUGUAUUGGUUCAAUCCGGUGGAAAUUUUGCAGAGUCAAUUACUGGCCGGAGCGACGAUCGCCCUCCCCGCCGAAAUCAACACAAUCCUCGGCCUCAUCCGCACAAUCUCCCACAUCAUGUUCGGCCUCUUCCUCACCGCCGCCUGCCUAAACUUCCUCCUCAUCCCCCUCGUGCCCCUAGCCAUCUACUCCCGCUGGAGCAACCUCCCGAUCGCCAUUCUCGUCUUCAUCGGCGCCCUCUGCAUGACCGGCGCCGCCAUCAUCGCGACGGUCAUGUUCAUCAUCUUCCAAGUCGCCAUCACCCAAGCGACGCAAUUGAAUAUCCGCGCGAAUGUCGGGGUGGAAAUGUUUGUUUUCAUGUGGAUUGCUGCUGGGGCGAGUAUUAUUGCGUGGUUGAUUCAUAUGGGGAUGUGUUGUUGUUGUGCGAGUCGGAGGGAUGUGAGGAUGGGGAGGAAGAGGGGAAGUAAGAAGGCUUGGGAGAGGGAGCGCGAGGAGAGGGUGAGGAUCGCGGGGGCGGUGGAGAAGGAUCAGACGCAGAGGAGGUUGCUGGGGAUGCCGGGUUUUAGAAGGAUGGGGAGGGAUAAGGCGGCGUGA